AUGCGUAAAGCUCCUGCCAAAGGAUCAAGAAAGGGAUGUAUGAAAGGGAGCCAAACAAGGGCAGCAGAAUUUGGUUGGGUACAUUUUCUACUGCUCUUGACGCUGCUCUUGCUUAUGAUGAAGCUGCAAUAUCGAUGUAUGGCUCGGGGGCUCAUCUUAAUUUUCCGAAUUAUAUCUCUCCAAACAUGUCUUUGUCAGCGCCAUCUAAAUCUGGACUGUGUUUCUACUAUAACAUCAACCCACAGUGAGAUGACAAUCGAUGUGCAUUAUGGUGAGAAAGGAUCUUCUAGCAUCUCUGGUUACUGCAUUGAGAGCAAGAAUGUUGCUACUCAUGGAGAGGAAGCAAGUAAUGGAGGCUCUGUCCUUGAAAAUGUAUUAGAGACCCCUGUAGGACAGAAAAGGUGUGAUAAUGAACUCAAUGCUGGCAUUGCGAUGUACAUUACUGAUAAGACCGUGAAUAAGCUUCCUGCAACAAAAGGUAGUAUACAGGAGCCAGCAAUAGGCAGUAAACACGAGCUGAGUGCACUUAAAAAUGGACAUGAAGGUGCUCUUCCCAAUGAUGAAGAGGCAAAAAAAGUAUGUAGCAUAUUACAAGACUCCUCCAAAUCUUCUUAUUUGAGGCCAACUGCGUCAAGAUCUUACUCUGGCAUGAUAUCUAGAAAUGGUGAAGCCCGUGGAAAUCAGAAUGCAAAGAUGAAUGUAUGUUUGCAGUGUGGUGACAGAGGAUUCUAUGAUGCCCUGGUUUAUUGCGUUCAAUGUUUACACGCUGCAGUGCAUUACUACUGCCUGGAUGAGUUGCCAAGAAGUUUAAACGAAUUCAUUCAUUGGGUUUGUGAGGAUUGUAAGUCACAGGAAUGUCACGAAUACGCUGGUAUCAGAUCAAAUUUGUUCUCCUCUAGCGGCGUUGAAACAAAUGUGGGACCAAAAUUGAAGAGAAAGGAAAACCCUACUCUAGGAGAUGAGUGUAUCCAUGAAGCAAUGGAAGAUAUUCUUGAAAUAAAGCCAGCUAAGGAGUUGAUACCCCCGACCGGCUUGUCUGAUGUCGUGGAUGACGGCUCUCCGCUUGAUGUAAACAAAGAUAUGAAGAAUGGAAUUAAGAACAUUUCCCAAAGCAACCAUGGUGGAAAAUUAAAUCUUGGGAGGAAAUAAGUACCAAGGAAACUGCAGUAACAUUUUUUCUGGAGAUGUUCAUCAAUCAACCACGGAUUAUCUGCAAUAUGCUUUAUUGCCGGAAUCUCAUCAAUGUGCCGAGCCAGUAAUUAAUCCUACAUGGAGUGGAAGUUUUAACAUACUAAAUGGCGAUCAUGGUACAUUGGAUGGAUUUGUAGCUCGCAUAUCAAGUAAAGCAUGCAAAAAGGUGUAUGACGAGGCAUGUCUCUUUCCGUCAACACUUCAGCUAGAAAUUGUCCCAAAAUCCAAUGUUUGGCCUAAGGAUUUUCUGAGAUCAGAACCAAGCGAUGAUAUUAUUGCCCUAUAUUUUUUCCCAAAAGAUGCAAGAGUCGUGGCGACAUUUGAUGACCUGGUUGAUGAGAUGAUUCAUCAAGGACUUGCCAUGAGAACCGUUGUGAAAAAUGCUGAGCUCUUGGUUUUCACUUCUAUGGACCUGCCACGGCGUCACUGGCGGUUUCAAGGAAAGCAUUAUCUGUGGGGAGUGUUCAGAGAAGAGUAGCAUGUUUUGUAUUAUUUGUUUCUCUUUUUUCUUUUUUCUUUUUUCUUUUCUUGUAGUUCAAGUUUUGUUGCAUAAGUUCUUGGCUUCCCCUGUAUACCUUGAAUAUCCUUGUUCCUGUAUUGACUGAUUAAUUAGUUGGGGAUGAUAGUAUCAGUUGUAAAUUCCCAUUUUAAAGUUGAGCUCACUAUUGACCGAGUCUUCCCUU